GGAGAUAACCUAUUAUGGCUAUAUAUAGCUCAGUGUGUCAACUACUGGUUUGUCUCAAGUUCUCAACUUGUGAAUAAUUUGUCGAAAUUAUCUCGAUCAAGAUGGCUGUCAACGUAAUUGCUAUGUGUUUUUUGUGGUUUGUGGCAUUAACCACAAGCGUCAAAGGUAACUAUAAAUCAUGUGCUGAAAUAAAAGAUGCUAAAGUGAAUACCUCUGCUACUUACACCAUUCAAGUCCAUGGUGAAACCGUUGAAGUUUCUUGUAAUCUGACAUCACAGCCAGUUCUAACAAUCAUAAAAGUUCGUGAUAUUAUAAGAGUUACAGGUUCCAUCCAUUCACAGUCAUACUCACAUAAUGUUGACUAUGGUAGUUUGUCUGUGAAUGUCAUCAGGGCUUUCAUUGAACAAAGUGAAAGUUGUAAGCAGUAUGUAUCCUACAAGUGCAGCAAUGCUACAUUAUUUGGUAAAGGACAGAGUGCCCUUUCUUCUUGGACCUCCAUCAGUGAUAGUCCGAAUGAAUACUGGGCAGGUUGCAGUUUUUCUGACAAAGAUUGUCGGUGUGACCAGGAAAACAACAACCCUGAAGAAGAUGCAGGAUAUUUGACAAAGAAAAGAGAUUUGCCGGUGAAGGCCAUACAAAUUGGUGGUUUGUCCUCCAGCUCAAAUGUUUCAGUUGAGAUUGGGAAUAUUGUUUGUUAUGGAGACAAUGAAAAAGGUUCACAUACGUUUCUAAAUAGAGAUGCAUUUGUUUCCCUGGAUGUUUCUUCAAUGCAAGAACUAAAAUUCAAGUUUAAAUCUUCAAGACCCAAGGCUGAUGUGAUCAUUGCAAGCAUUCAAAUGCGAAAUGAUAUGGAGCUUAAGAUUGGACUGAACAACAAUUCUGAGCUUUCUGUUGGUCAUAAACCCUUCCAUAAGAUGGACGAGGAAUGGCAUAGCAUUGUGUUGACAAAGGAUAGCAGAGGUUUUUAUGCUGUUGUAGAUAACGGUAAAAAGGGAGUCGUAUUUGAAACUUUAAAUGUUAGUACUGUUGGAGCAAAGCUAAUUUUGGGCGAUCGUCAUCCUCAACGCAAGUGUAGAGCUUUCAUUGGUUGUGUUAAGGGCUUGACUGUCGAUGGUCAGGACUACACAAGUAAAAUUACCGAGUCGAAAAAUAAGGCGUCCGUAAAGGAAGGUUGUUCACCACCCACAGAAGCAGUUUGUGAUCCAUCAACCACCGGCAAUCCUUCCACCAAUCCUCCAAUUACCAGUACGGUCAGUAAGGUUGAAAACACCACCAAAACAGCUACCACGAAGACCCCUGGUAGUGGUGGCGAGGUCGACAGUGGCGGCAAUGACGAUGCAGCUAUAAUCGCGAUUGUGGUGGUUUUCCUGAUCUUACUCAUCAUCCUUGUUGCGGUAUUCUUCAUUACCUGGUAUCUGAAACGUAACAAGGGCGUGUACCAAACACACGAAGGUUCAGCUGAGGACAUUCACGGAGACACUGACAAUUUAACACUAGUUACCAAACCUGGGGAACAAGAAGCCGAGGGUGACCAAGGCAAGGAGUACUACCUUUAGAUCAAACAAAGAUGAACAUUAAAAAAAUAAAAAAACUCGAUUUCCUAGGUCAAUAUUAUCUGCCUUAAGGUUUGGAGCACAAAUUGCUCAGCUUGUAAGUAUGCAUGACGUUAACAAAUCAGUAAUUUCAGGAACAGGACAACAGGUUUCCACAAACGCACGUUUCGGUGCAAGUUGCAGGAACGUUUUGCGUUUUUUUUAGCUUAGGAUUCUUAUUUACUUCAAAAUCAGUUAAAUUGAGUUUAAAAUCGAAGUUGAGUCGGAGCUAGGUAGUAUACUGCAAGGUUGGGAUGAGAAUGCUUGAUAUAGGAUUUUAAAUGACUAAGACACGACGUAUUACUUUUACAAAGCACUUUCACAGCUCACUUUUAAUGCAACAUUAC